GUCUUUCGUUAACUUUACCACCGCUACACUUCAAACCCUUCACCCACUUCUCCUUCUUCAGUUAUGGCCUCUGUCUUCUUUCUCUCUCUUCCUUCCCGUAAACACACUCACUCUUCUUUCUUUCUCUCUCUAUAUCUAUACAUUUUACUGUCUCGCGUUCUGCUUCCAUGGGUUUUCUUUCAUGCAACGCGGAGGCCGCGAUUGCCACCUGCGAUUCCUACAACUGGGAAUACUUGAAGAAGAAGAAGAAGAAGUCUAAGAAAUGUGAUCCCAGCAGACCCUUCGAGCUCAGGGAGUUCUCUUACUCUGAUCUUCACGCCGCCACCAAUGGCUUCUCCCAGGAAAAUCUGCUCGGAAAAGGCAGCCAUGGAUUUGUGUACAGAGCUCAUCUUCCUCAGGGACGGGGUAGCUUCGUCGCCGCCGUCAAGAUCACGAAACAGAGCGAAGCUUUCGCCGGCGGUUCGCCGGCGGAGAACGAGAUCGAACUGCUUUCGCGCGUGUACCACCCGCGGCUGGUGAAUUUGCUCGGCUACGGCCUGCAUUUGGAUCAGAAGAAGUUGUUGGUGGUGGAGUUUAUGCCGAACGGGUCGUUGUACGAGCUGCUUCAUUGCCCGAAACGGCCGCCGCGAAUCCCGGGAUUGUAUCUCCGGGUCCGGUUCGCGUUGCAGGUUGCGAAAGCGGUUCACUUUUGCCACUCGUCGAACCCGCCGGUUAUCCACCGGGAUAUAAAGUCGUCAAACGUGUUGAUCGACGGGAAGUUCAAUGCGCGGCUCGGGGAUUUCGGGCUAGCUUUGAUGGGCCACGUGGAGGACGUGGCGGCCAAGUGCACGCCGCCGGCGGGGACUCUCGGAUACCUCGAUCCCGGAUAUCUAGCGCCGGGCGAUCUCAGCACAAAAUCCGAUGUUUUCAGCUUCGGAAUACUGUUAAUGGAGAUCAUCAGCGGCCGGAAUGCCAUUGACAUGAACUACAGCCCGCCGUCCGUCGUGGACUGGGUGGUUCCGCUAGUGAAAUCCGGCGCCUACGCCGAGAUUCUCGAUCCGAGGAUCGAUACGCCGGAGGAUGACGGCAUAAUGUGUCAUCUCGCCGUGCUUUCCGCCCAGUGCGUCCGGAAAACCGCCACGAAGCGGCCGGCGAUGGCGGAAGUGGUGGACUCCCUGAAAGCGGUAUACAAGCGGGUAAAAUCCCCGAUUUGGAACACGAUACGGCGGCGCGUGGACUGCGUCCGCGAUUCAACGCGUGUGGCGGCCAGAUACGAGCCCUUGGACGACAGUAUGGAGGCGGUUAAGAUUUCCCGAGCCGGUAGCCGGCGGACGAGGAAAGUAUCCAGUGUAACGACAGUGGAAUCUGGAAGCAAUGUGAUUGGUGGAAAAAGUAUUCAUCAUGCGGUCAAGGCGAAAUCUAUCGGUUCCUUUGCGGAGAUUUGCUACGACCCGUUGGAUUCAAUCAGUAACCAGGUGGGGCCUGGGAUGGGUCCCAGGAGUGUAGGAUUGGGUACGAAGAUGCCCACAGUAAGAUUGAGUAAAUCGAGAUCAAUGGGAAUGAUGAACAGUACGGAUACGAGGGCAAAGAAUCCUAAUGGCAAUGAAUUGGAAAAGUCAAAAUUGUUAGUUGACCAAGUCAGAGUGACCCAAAAGGAAAUUUCUUGAUAGAUUGGGCCCUUCAUUGCAAUUUACUUUAAGGAAGUGGUUUUGGAUAUCGUGGCAUGCAUAAUGCAUGUCUUUAAUUCUUUAUUUUACUUUUUUUUUUUUUUGGGAAUAUUUUGGUUUGUUGUAGGGUUGUGCCUCACUUUACUGUAUCACUCAAUUGCAUACUCUUAAUUUAAAAGAAAAAAAAAAAUCAUUGUUUU